AACGAGCUCCAUGGAAACGGUCGAGAGGCGUGCUAGCCUGAAGAAGCUCGAUGGCACAAGCUAGCGGGGUGGUCAACUGAUAAAUACAUCCAUACUUAUAAUUACAGAGGUGGAAUAGUCUUUCACCGAUGUCAAAAUGAGUUUAACUCCAGAUGCAAGAGCGAGGGACAACCAGACCAAAAGAAUCCAGGAAAACAUUACCAACGUGGAACGACAUUUUGGAAAGAUGUGCCAAAUGUUUGCUGGUUAUGUGCGGAAAACGGCCCGGCUGCGAGACAAAGCGGACCUCUUGGUUCGGGAAAUCAGCCUCUACGCUGACACAGAAACACCCAACCUCAAAGUGGGAAUGAAGCACUUCGCCGAUAAUCUGGCGAAGAUUCAGGACUACCGCCAGGCUGAGGUGGAAAGAUUGGAUGCCAAAGUCGUCGAGCCGCUAAAAAGCUAUGGAGCUGUUGUGAAACAUAAAAGGGAGGAUUUGAAAGCAACUCAAAAUGCCAGAGAGAGGGAAGCUAAACAGAUGGCCGAGCUGGAAAAAACCCGACAGAGAAACCCCUCAGACAGACAAAUAAUUUCUCAGGCUGAAAGUGAGCUUCAGAGAGCCACCAUGGACGCUGCUCGAACCACCAGACAACUGGAGGAGACGUUUGAUGAGUUUCAGAAGCAAAAGAUCCGGGAUAUUAAGAGGAUCUUCAGUGAAUUCAUGAAGGUGGAAAUGUCAUUCCAUGCGAAGGCCUUGGAGGUCUACACUUUGGCUUACCAGGGCGUCCAAAACGUCGACGAGCAGGAGGACCUGGAGGUAUUCAGGAGUUUGCUGCACCCCCCUGAUUAUCAGUCCCGCUUAGACAUAGUGCGAGCCAAUUCCAAAAGCUCCCUCGAUCGGACCGGGUCUUUCCUCAGUACGUCAGGGACCACACAACAACAAGCAUCUGCACGGCUCACCAGGAGGAACGAAGCCGAGUUCUACGAUGAUGACGACGACGAUGAUGAUUCGGAUGAUGAAGAGGAGGAGGAGGAGGAAGAGGAGGAGGAUUAGGUUGUUUUUUUUUUUUGUAGGAUAAGUUGAUUUUUUUUUUUUUAAGUGCAUUAUUGGUUUUGCAAAAAAAAAAAUACUAAAAGAUUUCUCUGGAAUAUCAAGUGUAUAUCAGCUCACCCAAAGUGAAAUUUUAAUAUUAUUAUUUCUUUAUUAUGUUUUGACAGGUUUUGUAACUCAGGCAAAUAAGGUUUCUAAUUUGCCAGUGGAUUCAGUUGUGGGGAAGUUGAUCUCACGAUCUAAAUACAUCGCAACAUGUAUAUUUUAAUUUUUUUUAAUCUAAAAGAUACUAAAUAAGAAAGGUAAAAAAGAUUGAAAUAAAAUUUACUGAAAAUAAAUAAUCCAUUUGUUGUCAGCAUUUGAGCAAAUAUGCAAAAGCUACUUAUCACUUAAAAAUAAAACUAUAGUUUAUUGAGAUGUAUUCAAUAUUAUUGUAUAAAAAUUAUCAAGAAACCUAAAACAUUAAUCUAUGAUCAGGCAUCAUACUCAAAUGCAUAAAAUGACAUGUUUGAGAGAAAGUCAAUAAGAAAAUGAAGUGUAUGAAGGUGUGCAGAAGCAAACAGGGAACUACAUUGCCAAAACCAGGAAAGUAUUGUUUUUGUGUUUGUUGUUUGUUUUGUUACUUUUUUUACUCAGCCUCUACAGUGCUCUUUGUGUUUAUUAAUAAAAACGAUGGAACGUGUCAAUUUUUCACGCAUUUAUGAGCCCACAAAGUACAAAGUGUCCUCUCUAUUACAG